UGCGUGUGUGCCGAUGCUGUCCGUGAGGCCAAGUUUCGCGAGCUGAAAGGAGCCAGACCCCUGAAAAAAAACGAACGUCAUUCUGGACUUCGUUAUGUGAAAUCACCAUGGUAUGUGAGCCAAGCCCAUGGGGAACGCGCUGUGCUGUUGCCUCGGCCAGGACGCAUCUACCGGUGACCACCCGCUGAAGUUUCUCGAUCCCGCGUGCUCCAAGGGCGGAGCCACGGGUGUCACCAACAGUCAGGCCGCCGCCUCCGCCACGGGUCCCGCCUACGGGGCGGGUGCCUCCACGACCCCCACCGGUGGCGGCGGUGGCCUUGGCUCUACGGUUGCCAGCACUCCGGCAACCACGCCGACCGGCAUUGCCGGUUUCAUCGCCAACUCGGCCGCGGCCACCUCGGAGUCCAACGUGUCUAUCUCGACGGCUCCAGCGGCACCACGAACCAGCAUUGGUGAACGGUUUAUGUUCUACCCCCGCAUCCAGCGUGACGCUGGACGCCGGGGAACUUUCGAGCCACGUCACUCGGAGGCACGUGCUGCCGCACUCUUCGAGAAGUACCGGGACCCCGAAGAGGACGCUGUGUUGGCCGAGGGAAUCGUGCAGCUCUGCGACGACCUGGGCGUGAGGCCUGAGGAGUUUCGCGUUCUUCUCCUCGCGUGGAAGUUCGGUGCCCAGCAGAUGUGCCGUUUUACAAGAGAUGAGUUCCUCGGGGGCUGCCGCGCACUUCGUGCAGACUCGGUGCCUGCUAUCCAGGUGCGGUUCCCUGAACUUUUGGCCGAAGCCCGAGAACCGGCUCGGUUCCGCGACCUUUAUCGCUUCACAUUCCGUUUCGGGCUCGAGUCUGGCCAGCGCACACUGCCAACGGACAUGGCGGCGCAGCUGUGGCGCCUUGUGUUUUCCCAGGAGCCACCGGCAGUGCUCGAGCGCUGGUUGGCAUUCCUUGAGAGCCACCCCGAGGUGCGCGGCAUCACGAGCGACACGUGGAACAUGUUUUUGCACUUUGCUGAGACGGCGGGCCGCGACCUCAGCACGUAUGAUGACUCCGAGGCGUGGCCCAGCCUGUUCGAUGACUUUGUGGAGUAUGAGAACGACCAGACGAACCAGAAUGUGCUCCACCAGGUGAACAAGGGCGGCAGUGAUGUGAAGGCUGAGUGACGAUGCAUCGCCAAAGGGUUGUGACUAAUCGGAAACAUCGAGCCGGGAUCCGAGCGAAGGCGCAAGCUCCACAGCCGCCCGGAAUACCGUUCCGACAGCUGACGUCCUGCUACACGUGGUGUGCGGGCCUGGUCCUAUCAAAGGGGGCGACUGCCAGGAGUGCAUGAAACUAUACAUACUCUUGCCCCGAGCUGUGUAGCUCGAGCACUAUUGCAUUUGUAGGCUGCGCGCUUCGCUGCCGGAUUGCGGGAAGAUUGCUAGAGAUCGCGUAGGCAAGCUCACAGUAGGGAGGGCCUGUGUUGUUUCGAAUGCUUUUGUGUUCUGUUGACGAUGUAGCCAUGCUCCAUGAAACAAAAGGUUUUCCUCACGUCGACCAAUCAGAUUCGUAAGACUAAAGAGUUUGCGUUUUUCGAGUUCAGCUGGACAUAAACACGGCGCGCUGUCUUGUUUACCAACCAUGCACAGGCUCCAAAAUGGACGCACAAUUUUCGACUCGCCGUUUGACCCGGCGUUUGAAGGACAACGUGAUGUUAAAAUGAAAAAACAAAACAAAAACGCGGUGCAUGUCCUGGAGAGCACGGAGAACUAGUCAACAUGCCUGUGGCUCUCUGGAAGGCGUGGCAUUGUGUAGUGGUGUCAUACACAACACAAGGCUUAGUGUGUGCUUGUAUGUUGCCAGCGAAAAAAGAACAGAUGCAGAAAAAUGCACCAUGCUGAUAUUUUUUUAUAGUUUACACAAUUGCGACUUAAUUGAAAGACCUGCAAUGGCACUUGAGAGUGCGGUACUCCCUUUGUACACCCUGCCUGCCAUGUUCUAUACUGGUGUCUGUCGGGCACUUUUGAUAUCUAUCGAAGCUGAUCCAAAUUAGGCUCGAUUCAGGUCACUGUACCACUACACGGUCACUCUUACUCGCUUUGAGGUCUGAUCACAAUCUGUGCACGGCUUCCAGAUCGCAUUGUGGCUGGCGUCUCCACCAAACUUGUUCUAUGUAAGUUUGGACCAUGUUUCAGCGACUGUUGUUGCUCAUUGUCAAGAAAUCUAAUUCGGACCGGCCCUGGUUGCAAUAGAAAGGGCUCGUGUGAUAUCAGUAUUAAGCUGCAUUCUCACUACAGUAGUGAUUGCAGACAAAUCAGCCGCACAAUGUACGCCACUGAUUGAAACGCUUCGUAACUUGCGUUCGACCAACGAGCUAACUCUGCUGUCGUUUUCCUGUAGUAUGAAAAAUGGCAUAAACUAUGUCAGGACUUCCAUGAGUAGCUGUCCACUCGGAAUCAUGUGCAGCCAACGUCUUCUUGUCGGUAAGUGACCUAAAGACGGUCAUCAGAUUGAAGUAUUUCCUGCAGCAUGUCUAGCCUAAAGUGGUGAUUUGGUUUAUUUAGCUGUGAGGAUGAAUCACUUCUUUGAAACCAGGGGAGUGACCGCUGCAACGAUAGUGACAAGUACGUUCUCGUAAUGUGUACAGUCAGCGUGCCUGAGGUCGUGAUUUCACCUGGUGUUUUGAGUUAAAAUUCACUUACAUUUUUAUUGUUUUUUUUUUCCCUUGCAAUGCCCCCUGGGCAUGUUGUCCAUGAACUGUACCUUUGUUUAUUUGACGGUGCAUUGUGUUCCCUAAUGCUGGGUUUCAUAGAUAGUCAUUGCAAUAUUUGCAAGUCAACACGAGUUGUUUUUCAGGGCUUCAAAGCCAUUUAGUUUGAAGAGUGUUAAGAUUUCAGACUUCAUUUUCUGGCGUGGCACGACAGAAUUUGUUUUUGCGUCUGCCCACAAGUUUGCCACAGCCUUCAAGCCUAUUAAGACUGCUCAAAUUCACUGAUCUUUUUUUAUUAAAUUGAUAAUGCCAUUUUUCCUAUAAUUUUCUCUUUCUGUUUAGCGAGGAACGUUUGCUUGCAGAAGGCUAUACCUUUUUGUCUUGCUCAGCAUUAAUUUUGUUUUUCUUUUUUCUUCCUUUGUUUUGGAAUAAGGUGUGUGAAGGCUUUGUCAGUGCAUAGAAACCUAGAAUUUGUGCCGCAGGAACUUGCCGUACAACCUGCUCGUGGGAAGCUGCUUUUGUUUUCUUUUUUUUCCUGCUGAGAUACUUGCUCCAGGUUAAUGAUAGACAUGCUAGCACUGUCGACAGGUAAAUCCUGAAGGGACCCUAAAAUGGAACAAGGAAUCACUCUUUUGUGUCUCUGAAGAAGGUACAGCCCUCCCCUGACUGAAGUGCAGCUGCUGAUCGCCUCCGCAUCUAACAAAACGGUCUCACUAUUGUUCCUGGACACGACGUCUGUUCGCAGGAUCACUGGGCGUUGAACUCGUGGCAUCGGUGUGGAGUGCACACUCAUUAGUGCUGGCUUGUGCAUGUCUAAUUUUCAAGGUGGAAACACUGCUGCUCUCCAAGGUUGUACCGCACUCUAGAGCUGUCUGCAAUGUCUUGUGAUUAGGUGGUGCAGUGUCACAAACUAGUAUACCGUGGCACCUCUGCUUCGCAUUUUCUUUUUAUUUUCUCUAUACAACGUAUGAAGAAAAUCUGCAUUUGAGUGUACGCACACGUCUUCCUCACAAAAGUUCAUGAGUCCGCUUGAUGUUAGCCUAUAUGCCACUUUCGAAGAGCACUAGGUGGCGUUCUUCAGUAGGCGUUUGUCCUAUCGCACACGAGAAUGUACAAUCCAAGAAUCUUUGCAGUUGACAAAACACUUGUGAUGCACUUCAAACCACUAGGAUUUUUUCAAGUUCUUGCAAUUCACUUGAAUUAUACAACAUUGCAACUGUCGAAGUAGAAAGUACCAAAAGACUGCCUUGUCUUGGUGUGGGAACUUCAAAGGGGGAUCAUAACUCACGUGCUUUUUGUUCAUUUUUUUGUUGCAUGCUUUCUCGCUUACCAGGUGCCGUCUUGCAGCAAUCUUGGGGAUUUUGAUACUGAGAAGGAAUAGCCUACUAAUACAAUAAAGAUCGUUUUUCGCUUUG